AUGUCGUUCGAGGUUGGUACCCGCUGUUGGUAUCCGAACGAAGAGCAGGGUUGGAUUGGUGGUGAGGUUACGAAACAUGAGACUAAAGACGGGAUCCAUCAUUUGGAGUUGACUUUGGAAGACGGAAAUGUUGUUUCUAUCGAAACGGACACGCUAGUGGCCAAUGCAGAUGACAGUGAUGGUAAAUUGCCACAAUUGAGAAACCCUCCGGUUUUAGAAGCGACAGAGGACUUGACUUCGCUGUCGUAUUUGAAUGAGCCGGCAGUUUUACACGCGAUAAAACAACGUUAUUCGCAGUUAAAUAUAUACACAUACUCCGGGAUAGUUCUGAUCGCUACGAAUCCGUUUGAUCGAGUCGAUCAGCUUUAUUCGCAGGAUAUGAUCCAAGCGUACGCUGGGAAGCGCAGAGGGGAACUGGAGCCACAUCUGUUUGCAAUCGCGGGUGAGGCCUACAGGAUGAUGAAGCACGACAAGCAGAAUCAGACAAUCGUCGUUAGCGGUGAAUCGGGAGCUGGUAAAACAGUUUCAGCUAAAUACAUUAUGCGGUACUUUGCGUCCGUGGAAGAAGAGAAUUCGUAUGCAAUGGAUAACGUGCAGCAUCAAGUGGAGAUGUCUGAAACAGAACAGAGGAUCUUGGCCACAAAUCCGAUUAUGGAGGCCUUUGGCAAUGCAAAGACCACUAGAAAUGAUAACUCUUCUAGAUUUGGAAAGUACCUUGAGAUUUUGUUCGACAAAGAGACAUCAAUCAUCGGUGCUAAGAUUAGAACCUAUCUGCUAGAACGUUCGAGAUUGGUUUAUCAGCCGAAAAGUGAAAGAAAUUAUCAUAUCUUCUACCAGCUACUGGCGGGUUUGCCGCCAGAUCAAAAGAAGGAGCUGCAUUUGAUGGAGCCUUCAGACUACCUUUAUAUGAACCAAGGAGGUGUAACGGAAAUAGAGGGCGUCAAUGACGAGGACGAGUACAAGACAACUGUAGAAGCUCUCACGUUGGUCGGCGUGACGCAAGAAACGCAGCAUCAGAUUUUCAAAAUCUUAGCUGCAUUAUUGCACAUUGGUAACAUCGAGAUCAAAAAGACACGGAAUGACGCCUCGCUUUCUUCGGAUGAGCCGAGUCUGCAGAUAGCCUGUGAGCUCUUAGGAAUCGACUCGUUCAAUUUUGCUAAAUGGAUAACCAAGAAGCAAAUCACUACAAGGUCAGAGAAAAUCGUCUCCAACUUGAAUUACAAUCAAGCAGUCGUGGCAAGAGAUUCUGUUGCUAAAUUUAUAUACUCGGCAUUAUUCGACUGGUUGGUAGAAAACAUUAACACAGUAUUGUGUGCUCCCGAAGUAGCUGACCAGGUGAAUUCUUUCAUUGGUGUUUUGGAUAUUUAUGGGUUCGAACAUUUUGAGAAAAAUUCUUUUGAGCAGUUCUGUAUUAAUUACGCCAACGAAAAACUACAGCAAGAGUUCAACCAGCAUGUUUUUAAGCUUGAACAGGAGGAAUAUGUGAAGGAAGAGAUUGAAUGGUCUUUCAUCGAGUUUAACGAUAACCAACCUUGCAUCGAUUUAAUUGAGAAUAAGUUAGGUAUCCUAUCGUUGUUGGAUGAAGAAAGUCGACUGCCGGCAGGCUCUGAUGAGUCCUGGACUCAGAAGUUGUACCAAACGCUUGAUAAACCUCCAACGAACCAAGUGUUUUCUAAACCACGUUUCGGUCAGACUAAAUUCGUGGUGAGUCAUUACGCACAUGAUGUUGCUUACGACGUCGAAGGAUUCAUUGAAAAGAAUAGAGACACUGUUUCGGAUGGGCACUUGGAAGUCUUGAAAGCAUCAACAAAUGAAACGUUGCAGAAUAUUUUACUGACUUUGGAGAAUGCAGCAUUGAAGGUUGAUGAAGCCAAAAAAGCCGAACAAGAACAAUCGAAGAAACCCGUCCCUCUGGCUAGAACGGUUCAGCGGAAGCCUACAUUAGGUUCCAUGUUUAAGCAGUCAUUAAUCGAACUGAUGGAUACCAUUAAUUCCACCAAUGUUCAUUACAUCCGUUGCAUCAAACCGAACAGCGAGAAAGAACCUUGGAAAUUCGAUAGUCUAAUGGUCUUAUCGCAGUUGAGGGCAUGCGGUGUUUUAGAGACUAUUAGAAUCUCAUGUGCAGGCUUUCCAUCCAGGUGGACUUUCAGUGAAUUCGUGCUCCGGUAUUAUAUACUAAUCCCAUCCUCUGAAUGGUCCAAAAUCUUCAACGGGGAGGAAAUGACAGAGGAUAGCAUUGUCGACAUAUGUCAAAAAAUUUUAGAUGGAACUGACAAAUCAAAAUAUCAAAUCGGUAAUACUAAGAUAUUCUUCAAAGCUGGUAUGCUUGCACAUUUUGAAAAACUGAGAUCCAACAAAAUUCGUCAAUCCAGUGUUUUAAUUCAAAAGAAGAUUAGGGCUAAGUAUUACCGUGAACAAUAUCUAAACACAAUUAGAGCUUUGAAGAAUACUCAAACUUUUGCUAAAGGUUAUGUCAUCCGCCAAAAAAUUGAUAGAGAAUUGAAGUUGAAUCUAGCGCUUGCUGUUCAAAGGUUAUACAGAGGUUUGCUGGUACGCGCAGAAACGUUCGCAGUUCUUCGUAGCAUUACAAUGAUUCAGUCAAGAUUGAGGCAACAGCUAGCACAAAGAGAGCUGGAAGCUAGAAAUGCGCACAACGCGGCUGUCACUAUUCAGAGCAGGGUCAGAUCCUUUCAACCUCGUAAGAGUUUCCAGCGAUUUCGGAAGGACACUAUCACGGUUCAAUCGCUUGUACGGAGGAGAGCAGCUCAAACUCAAUUGAAGCAGUUGAAAGAGGAAGCGAAGUCUGUCAAUCAUUUGAAAGAAGUCAGUUAUCAAUUGGAAAACAAGGUUAUUGAGCUGACGCAGAAUCUGGCAUUAAAAGUUAGAGAGAAUAAAGAUAUGACAUCCCGUCUGCUGGAGUUGCAAGAGAAGUUGCAGUUCUCAGGAAAUCUAAAAGAGGAGCUUGAACUUCAAAAAGAGGAACAUGCCAGAGCCUUGAAAGAUCAAUCCAUGGAACAUGAUGCUAGAUACCAUGAGAUUGAGGAACAACUCAAGAUAUCACAACAGGAAGUCGAAGCAGCCCGUGAAGAAAUCAAAUCCUUGACUGCAAAGCAUCAGGAAAUCAAGGAAGCGUCUCGCCAACAGCUCGAGGAGUUAAAUAGUACUAAGGAACUGCUCAAUGAGUCAAGGACACAAAAUUCUGACCUCCGCGAUGAAGUGAAAUCACUGAAAGAUGAAAUUUCCCGCCUGCAGAACUCGAUGAAGACUGAACUCGCUGCCCAAACACCGAGGUCAGUCAAAACAUAUGCAAUGAAUGGUGGCCUAAUGGAUGAUACAAUGUCCCCAAGCCAAAUGAACAUUGUUUCGGUUAACGGGCAAGGUUCCUCUGUUCCUGUCACAGGAUUAGGUAUCGAAUCGGAUAACAGAUCUACCUUGAGCACAUUGUCUCAAAUUAAUGACGAGCUAUACAGAUUACUCGAGGAAACGAAGGUCUUAAAUGGAGAGAUUACUGAAGGCUUGAUAAAGGGAUUUAAAGUACCGGAGACAGGUGUUGCAAUACAAUUAAGCGAAAGAGAAGUCUUAUAUCCUGCCCGCAUAUUGAUAAUUAUCUUAAGUGACAUGUGGAGACUCGGUCUGACCAAACAAAGUGAGCGGUUUUUGGCAGAAGUCUUGACAACUAUUCAAAGGGUUGUUCAGUCAUUGAAAGGGGCAGAUGUUAUCCCGGGUGGUGCAUUUUGGUUGACCAAUGUCCGUGAAUUGUACUCAUUCGUCAUCUUUGCGCAAGAAUCAAUUCUGCAUGACGAGUCUUACAAUAAGGGCUUGAGUGAAGAUGAAUACAAGGAAUACGUUGUUUUGGUAACAGAGUUGAGGGAGGACUUCGAGUCGCUAAGCUACAACAUCUACAAUAUCUGGCUGAAAAAGCUACAGAAAGAUUUGCAAAAGAAGGCUGUACCUGCGGUGAUUGUUUCCGAAUCAUUGCCAGGUUUCAAGAACGAAGCUGGCAAAUUUUUGUCAAAUCUCUUUGGCUCUGGUCCAGAAUACAACAUGGAUGACAUACUGACUUUCUUCAACACAAUAUACUGGUGCAUGAAAUCGUUCCAUGUUGAGAAUGAGAUUUUUCGCGACACUGUUUUGACUUUACUAAAUUACGUCGAUUCUAUUUGUUUCAACGAUUUGAUUAUGAGGAGGAACUUCUUGUCAUGGAAGAGAGGAUUGCAGUUGAACUACAAUGUCACAAGGUUAGAAGAAUGGUGUAAAACCCACUAUAUUCCAGAAGGGGCCGAUUGCUUACAACACUUGGUCCAGACAUCUAAACUGCUGCAACUCAGAAAAAAAGAUUUAGAUGAUGUUAAAAUCCUGUGUGACAUUUGCACUGCAUUGAAGCCUGUACAGUUACAAAAAUUGAUGUCUCAGUAUGCCGUUGCAGAUUACGAAGCUCCAAUAUCCGAUGAAAUUUUGAACUACGUUGCAGAAAAGGUAAAGAAAGGGUCUUCUUUGUCUUCUGAUGGUAAAUCGAAGGUCCACAGUGAGGAUAUCUUCUUGAAAGUGGAAACAGGCCCAUUCGAAGAUCCAUUUGUUGGUAUUGAAACUAGACAAUUCCGUAAAAUCGAGGCCUACAUCCCGGCCUGGUUGAAUUUACCAACCACAAGGAGAGUCGUUGAGUUGGUUACAGAGCAAGUAACAGUUCAGGAAUCACAGGCUCUGUUAGACACUUCGGUGGUGGAUGAGUCGACAGCAUAA